UAUAUACGGAACCACUAGCAGCGGUACCUGCUACACUGUAGGAAUUCCCGCAUACCCGGAAUGAUAAUUCAUGCGCAUCAUCGCACCUCGUACUUUUUCAUCCUGCCAUUUCAAUCCUAGAUCAUCAAUCAAUCAAAACCUACUCAGUGCGAACUCGCAGAUCCGAAGCCAAAGUGACUAACAAAUUUUGAAUGGUACCACUUUGCUUGCUAGUUCUUACGGCAUAAGAUAAAUACAAAUACUUGCGGAUGAUCGAAGAUUCAGAUAAAAACCAUUAGAAAACGCAUCUGUGACUACAACAAGCUGUUUGUUUAGUGAUUUAAGUGAGGUGUUUGUGAUUUGGUCGAUAUUAUGGAUUAAAGGGCACUUCUAUUUGGAAGACAAGAAACACGGCUUCAUCUGCAGAGCAAUAUGAGAAAAGAAGACUGUGAUACUACAAUUAGGCUAACGACUAAAAUUAAAUCACCCUGCUCACCGCCAUCGUACUACAAGCAUUCCGGAAGAUGUUAGCAGCGAUUUUCAACUACUGGCUGUGCUUACUUUUGCUAGGUGUGCUUCCAUCACAAUCUUUAAGUUGCCAGAACCAGCUACCAGACAGUCCAUGCUCCAGCGUGUUCCGAUAUCAAUGCGACGACCAUGUAGGCUUGUAUGGAGAGAUAGCCUUCGCAUCUCCUGAUAGCGAGACUGUACAGUUGGAUAUUGAAUUUUCAGUUGGAAACAGAGUUGACGGGUAUAAUGGAAAAAUCGAGCUACAAGGCCACCACUACAAAGAAAAGCUCAUCGAGGACGUGGUCAAUCAUCGAACAUUGAGUUACAAAGUAUUUUUUCCAACAUGGCAAGAUAUACCUCCCAAGGUUUCAAAGAUUUCUGUGAACGGAAAUCUGAUUUGCAGUGGCCCAAAGAUAUCCAUGCACCAAGUCCAGAUAGUGACAACGGUCAAUCUGCAGCACAGGCUGCGUGUCCAAGUCCAGCCCUUGUCAGAAAACUCCGUGCCUGAGGAAGGCGCACAGAAUCAGAGACCCAACAGGAUCGGCAAUGACCCUCCCAGGAGGUUUGAGAGCAACCUCUUCAACUUUCAACCCCGUAGGCCAGAUGUGAGCGGGGAUGACGAUGUUAUGCCAGGGGUGCUGAGUAAUCCAUUCAACUUCAGACCCAAGAUGCCUAAGGACCCUACUAAAGUGUAUGGACUGAAUCCUUUCUUUGCUCAAGAAAACACCCAAUACACACAGGAUGCACCUCAAGAUAUUCAGCUCGCUACACCUUCCUCAAUAACUCAGGUCAAUAUUGCAAUCGCACCAACAUCAGAUGUUCUAGGGAAUUUUCCUGAAAACACCACAGCGGAUGCUAUUAUUAUUGAUGUACCAGGUAAACAUGACGAUCGACGAAUACAGAACAAUCUACAAUACUCAUCACCAAAGGAUCGUAACACAAAAAGAGGAACUUCAUCAGAUGCAGAAAAAGCUAUAUCAGAAUUGAUAUCCAGAAAUCCAUUUUUGUCUUCGUUGGCCGCUAAUGGAGAUACAUCCCAGGAAGCUUCUGGACAAAAUUUUAACCGGCCAACCACUCAAAGGCCACAAGUGAAGACGUCCAUACCACCCCAAAGGAGGCCAGAGGAAAACAACAACCUUCCUGGUACAAGGCAAACACAGAUUGGUGUGAUGCCAAAAAUAAAUGCAGACACAAUACCGUUCGAGGACACUUGUGGCAGGGCAGUCACAAUCAACCAGCUAGUCUUCCAUGGAGGCACUGUUCAAAAAGGGGCCUAUCCUUGGUUGGCCGCGUUAUUUUGGGCUAAUUCCUCUGCAGUAUCAUACACUGUUUCGUACAAAUGCAGUGCUACGCUCAUUUCUCAACUUCAUGUGGUAACAGCUGCCCAUUGCGUGAAAAGGAAAAACCGCGGUUACGACGAAACUCUGGACGCUAAAGACCUGCUGGUGAAACUAGGAAAGCUGAACAUCCAAGAAUGGACGUACAGUCCCGGGGAGAAGAUUAUCGCUCCCAAGUCUAUCACGGUGCAUCCCGAUUACAUUUCCUCGCAUAGCGAUGCGGACAUUGCAGUGUUGGAAUUGAUCGAGAGGAUUGAGUUUACUACAACCAUUAGGCCUAUUUGCUUGUGGAGUGGGCCGACAAACUUGGAAGUUGUUGUAGGAAAACUGGGCACUGUGGUAGGAUGGGGAAUGGAUGAAAAUGGCAACAUAACCACCUCAGAACCUAGACAAGUGAGCCUGCCAGUUGUUAGCCACGAAGACUGCCUAAGCAGUUCAGCUAUCUUUGCCACUCAGGUCACUGGAAGGACGUUUUGCGCUGGUUUUAGAAACGGUUCCGGACCAUGCAACGGGGACAGCGGAAGUGCCUUCGCACUACAACAAAAUGGCCGCUGGAUGCUGAGAGGCAUAGUGUCUAUUUCUGUGUCAGAGCACGCCACUAGACACUGCGAUUUGAGUAAUUACGUUAUAUUCACUGACGCCAGUAAAUACGUUGACUGGUUAUUAUCCUUUUUCAAAUAAACGGUUCUAGUUUUUA